CUGGAGGAUGGAUGGGCACUGCGGUAUUUACGUGUCGACAACCUUGGGGAGCUUCUGCUGGAUGGAUCCGAGGUGACGGCGAAAGCUCGAGAAACCCCUGUCCAAGAGCUGCGGAAUGGCAAAAAGGGAGAAGAAAGCUAGCGUGAGCAACAGAGCGAUGUUUACGGCAAAGAUGAAGAAGCAGUCGAGCGUCGUGCCAUUUUCAGACGAGAACAGACGACCAUGACCCGGGGAGCGGAACGAGGAACGAGGCAGGAUAAAGGGAAAGGCAGACGAGACGGGAUACCCGUCGGGGAGGGACGGACGGCGAGAGCAAGAUCCCAGGACAGGCCAGGACAAGACAGAACGAUACCCCGUGGCUCAUCCCGGUCUCCGUACGAGGAAGAGGAGGAUGCCGGGAGGGUGACUGGAGGAGAGGUGAAGAACAAAAGAUUUGUGGAUCAUACUUUUCCAUCCGCCCACACCCCCGGACACGCAGCACAAGGGACUUGGAGACAUGGAGGAGCAAGGACAAGUUGUCAUCAAGUUAGGCAGGUCAGAAGAGGGCGAGAGAUACUGGGAAAGGCGACAGAGACUGAAAGAGAGAGAGAGAGAGUACCUAUGUGUGGGUGUGAAUGUGAAUGUGAGUGGAGUGUGGAUGGACUGGGGCGUCACAAGUGGAACAGGGGGGGGGGGGGGGGGGAGCGUAGUCCAAAUGGGCAAAUCUCUCUGACCCGCGCUUUCAAUCUCUUCGCUACUCCCACUCCGCCAAGCCAAAAGGAACUGACAAUGCUUGCAAGGAAACAGGAAGGCCAGAUAGGUUGUAAAGGCCAAGAGGAAGAACCCAGGCAGGUGCGUGCGUAUAUGUGUGCGCGUGUAUGUGUGUGGGUGGGUGGAUAGAUAGGGGAGAGAGAGAGAGGACAAGCGAGGGUACCCCCUCCCUUGGGGGGAUGCUAAUCUUGUUUCCCCUGGUCCGACGCAGAAUUUUCCCCUCUAGGUCCUUCGCCUCUU